AGCCAAUCUUCCAACUUUUCCUAUAUCAUUUCCUAUCUUUCCUUAUUUCCUAGAGUCUUCUCUCUCUCUCUCUCUCUCUCUGUCUCUGCAUAUCUGAGAUUAACCAUAUACAAACAAAACAUCAAACCAGUCAAAAUGUUCUCGAUCAAGACCCUCUCCACCGUCCUCCUGGCCGCCGCCGCCACCGUCUCCGCCGCCCCCACCAGCACCACCGGCACCAAAACCCCGACCCGCACAUUCGCACUCACGGGCGUCACCCACUCUGUCGUCGCCGGCCUCGGUGGUCUCCGUUUUGACCCGGACAACGUCGUCGCCGAGAUUGGCGACAUUGUCGAGUGGCAUUACCUGCCUCGCAACCACUCCGUUGCCGAGUCCAACUUUGGCAACCCCUGCAACCCUCUGGCCGACGGCUCCUCCUUCUUCUCCGGCUUCAACUUCUUCACCGCCGAGGGCCAAUCCGCCAACGUCUUCCAGAUCGUCGUCGAGGACAAGAAGCCUAUCUGGUAUUAUUGCGCCCAGAACGCCGGCCAGCACUGCAAGAACGGCAUGGUCGGUGUCAUCAACCAGAACUUUGACAGCCCCGACUUCACUCUUGCCAAGCACAAGGCUUUGGCUGCGCAGAAGGGCGAUGCCGUCAUUCCCGCUGUUCAGCAGGGUGGCUUUGUCAUUCCCAACCCCAACCCCUUGGGAGGCUUCAAGCUCUAAAUGCGUGGUCUAUUGGCCAUGUGGCUGUUGGAGGUAUCGAGCUGUCACGGAGGUGAUUGCAUGAGCAUUUGGCGGGCUGCAUAGUAUGGUUGGAAGGGAAUUGCAUCUGGCGGCGUUAGAUAUUGGGAAACUCGAGUCAUUAUCCGUUCAUAACCUUCGUUCUUUAGCUUACUUUAGAUUUAUAAAAUUCUACUACAC